CUUGUCUGGUCAGACAACUUGUGGGAUCACAAGUUGGGUGCCUCCAACCAUGCAACAUAUCCAUGUAUUGGCGCUCACGCGUGGUCAACGGAUCACCUCAUGAACUAGGGCUGGGGGCUUGUAAAUCUCCUUUAAAGUACUGGAGGCAUGCUAAUUCCGCUCCAAACUGUCAGCAUGAGUGGCCUCGUAUUUUAUGCUCCACCAGUAGCUCCUCUACUUGCUUCGUCGUCGUCCAGCAACGUACGGUGCUUUGGAUCUUCUAGUUCAGCUACCAAUGAAAGACAUGUGGCUGAUUUAUCAGGCGAUGUCGUCGCAGACACAAGCGUUCUGACAACAUCAGGAGGUACCACGGAUGUUUGGAAAUGUACAUGGUUCAAGGACACCGGUUCCACGAAGGUUGCAGUGAAGACGUUCCGGAUCGAGAGCACAAACCAGGGUGAACUCGCCAAAACACACAAAAGAUGGUCACAGCAAAUCUAUGCUUGGGCGAAGCUUGAACAUGAAAAUAUACUUCCUUUAUAUGGCAUUGUCAUGGACUUCGGCCCAAUAGUAUCAAUAGUCCAUCCUUGGAAAGAAAACGGAACCCUCUCGACUUAUUUAUCAUGCAAACAUGCAACAUUAACUGUACAAGAUAAAUUCAAACUCCUUGAAAACAUCGUCUCGGGACUUCACUAUUUGCACUCUCAUGGCAUUGUCCAUGGAAAUCUUUCUGGUAAUAACGUGCUGGUAGAUGCCCUUGGUACAGCUAGUCUAGCGGACGCCGGUCUCAGUGUGCUAGUUCCAGAAAUCUUAGGCAUGUCAUACUUUCGCCUGUCAACAUCUGGCACUAUACGGUUUACUGCCCCCGAACUUUUCAAAAAGUCCAGUCGCGGAGAAGUGCCCCUGCCAAGUAUAUCCAGUGAUAGGUAUUCACUGGGCAGUAUCAUUUAUCUCGUCCUUUCGGGCUCUCUACCAUAUUCCACCUUGAAGGACAGUGACGUCCUUGUCGAGUUGCUUAUAGGAGUCGCCCCGGCAUCACCUUCCGAUUCGAACAAAUCCAUCACUCGGGAGCAGUGGCAGUUCAUCCAAGGGUGUUGGCUAGAAAUCCCCCAGAAUCGCAGGACAACGAACGAAGCUCUCGAGUUUGUAGAUGUCAAUCUCGCUCUCUACGUCCCUUUCAGGGCUAUUUCCUUGACUACAGCGGAAAUGCACUCGAGAUCGAGCAAGACAGACGGUUCAAAGCCUCGGUUGGUUUUGAGCCGCAGAGACUUCUCUCCGGGCGAUACAUUACCUCCAGAUAUACAGGCAAGUUUGGCAGUCGGUUUGCGUCGCUCGCGGAAUCCUACGAAAGCUGCUGAGGCCGCUGUAUCUGUCAUUUUAAACGACAUUUUCGACACAAGUCAUGUCGUACCUCAGUGGGAUUCCAAGGAAACAGAAAACGCGGUAGUUAGUCACACGUAUAAUGUUCUCGUCGAAGACAUCAAGAUGAUCAGCGACGCAUUACAAGUAUUGCAAACAAGCAACCCGAAUGCGGUAGAAAGGUCCCUCGGUACUCUCCGCUCAACAGUCCAACAAUUGUUAUUUGACGAGAGACGGAAACAACGAGCACCGCGCGCCGCGUUCCUGACGAUUGUCUCCAAACUACAGGACUUUUUGGACGAUCUUUGGAAGGAACUCUACAGGAAUAGAGGGAAGUUGUCAGGUCCAUUCUGGGAAUGGUUUGAGAAGUGGAUGUCGAUGAUGAGAGCAUGGGAUAAUUCGCAAUCAGAGGCUGCCGUUCAGAAUACUGCUACGUGCUUGCGAUCCAUCCUAUCCUAAUACGGGCAGUAGUAUGUAGUACUAUCAGAAAUACGCGUCCCAAAUUCCAACCAUACAACUGUUGGCCGU